CAUGUCUCUCCGCACAUCCAUCAGACGAACAGCCGCGCCGCUGAGCUGGCACUCGCGGACAUCUGCCAUGCCCUUGCGCGCGAAAGUUAUAAAUCCUGCUUGGAUGACCGACACCCGAAUGUAUUCGAAACCUACCGGAAAUCUCUUAGCGCCACAGCCAGACGACGAGGCCGACGAUGUCAUAUUCACUAACAACUACGGCGUUCGAAGCAUCGAGCUCAACCGGCCAAAGAAACUCAACUCCCUCAAUGGCUCAAUGGCUCGCAAGAUCAUACCACGAUUGCAGGAAUGGACCAAAUCUGAGCUGGCAGGAGUGGUUGUGAUCAAGGGCGUAGGACGCGCUUUCUGCGCUGGUGGGGAUGUUGCUGCGCUAGCACAAUGGAACAAAACCGGACCUGAGGGACAGCAGAAGUCUUCCGACUAUUUCGGCCUCGAAUACAAGCUCGACCACCUCAUUGCAACAUACACGAAACCCUACGUGGCGUUCAUGGACGGCAUUACAAUGGGUGGCGGGGUUGGACUCAGCAUCCAUGCGCCUUUCCGGAUAGCGACGGAGAAUACGCUUUUUGCUAUGCCCGAGACGACAAUUGGAUUCUUCCCGGAUGUGGGCGCCUCGUUCUUCUUGCCCCGGAUGGACGGCCGGCUAGGGACAUACCUUGCUCUAACCAGCGAGCAGCUUCGUGGUGUAGACGCUUUCUAUCAUGGCGUAGCAACCCACUACAUCCACUCUUCCACUCUACCAAAUCUCGAGUCACGUCUCGCAGAACUUCAAUUCCCCGACUAUAUGGACUUGAAAGAACGACACAAGAUCAUCAACAGCACGAUCGAGGAAUUCAGCACGGGCUUGCCCUCCGAGAAGCCGGCCAUAUCUGGAGAACUACGAACAGCCAUUGAUGAAGUAUUCGCCACCGAUCAGCCCAGCAUCCAGGCAAUUCUUGAUGCCCUAGAGAAAGUAAAGACCGAUGCCAAUUCGGAAUCACUCCAGAAAUGGGCAGAAAAGACCAAAGACACAAUUCUGACGCGCUCGCCUAUCUCUGUAGCCGUGACUCUCCAUCAAAUGCGCGUUGGCCGCGAGUGGUCAAUAGCAGAAACAUUCCAGCGUGAGUAUGACAUCGCAGCGCACUUCAUGGCGCAUCCUGAUUUCAUCGAGGGUGUCACGGCACGCUUGAUUGAGCGGAAGAAAGAGCGACCUAACUGGCAGCCGAAUUCGUUGGCUGAAGUCACCCAGAAAGAGGUAGCUAAGUUCUUUGAGCGGAAAUCAGCACUUCCGCUAGUCUCAUCGGGUGACUACAAGGAGUAUCCGCAUGCUUGGAUUGGACUGCCGAGAGAGCAUGAGAUUCUGGGGCUGGCUGCAGGGAAGUCUUCGGAUGAGGUAAUUGCAACGUUGGUAGAGAAGUAUGAGGGCAAGCAAGGUGUGAGGGAGAAGGUGCUGGAGGUGCUGGAAAGGACAGGCAGGUAGAGCAUUUAGGGAAUGACCCCCUGUAGAUGAAGGAUUAG